AUGCCAUCAAUUUACCGCUCCCCAUAUCCAGAUCUGGAUAUCAAAUCUAUUGAUUUGAUAUCCUAUCUGUUCUCAAACCCUCUCAACACACCCCUGGACCGUCCUUUGUACAUCAACGCUAUCUCAGGAGAGCAAUAUACUCUCGGAGAUGUGAUUCAACGCACACGCUCUCUGUCCAAUGGGCUUCGACAAAUUAUUGGCGUGAAGCCCAACGAUGUUGUGGCAUUGCUGAGCCCCAACACAAUCGAUUACCCUGUGGUAUGCCAUGCAAUUAUCGGCUCCAGAGCUAUCGUUGCUCCAACCAGUGCAGCCUUGACCGCACUUGAGCUGAAUGCUCAACUCACGACUAGCGGAGCCAGGUUCAUCAUUGUCCAUUCAUCUUUGCUGAACACUGCCCAAAAAGCAGCAAAGGGAACAUCCAUUGAGAAGAUCGUCUUGAUAGAUGGCCAAUCACUAGUCAAUGGUCAACCUACAUGCAAUUACCUCGCCAGCACAUUUGCCCCCGGUGAUUUCCUCGCUAUCGAUCCGUCCGAGACAGAUCACCAACCGGCAUUCAUCUGCUUUUCAUCUGGAACGUCAGGUGCAGCCAAGGGUGUUGUCACAACACACAAGAACAUCACCUCAAAUCUUCAGCAAUGGCGCCACUAUCUAGACGGUGGUCUUCCCUCCCAGCGUCCAGCAAGAAAAUCCGCUAUCGCAUUCCUGCCAUUUAGCCAUAUCUAUGGACUCAACCUGUUCAUGUGUCAGUGUUUGGUGUGGGGCACAACAGUGGCCAUCAUGCCCAAAUUCGACCUCGAUCUGUACCUCAGUUGCAUCCAGAAAUACCGACCCGACGAGUUGUCAUUGGUGCCGCCCAUUGCUCUGAUGUUGGUCAAGGAUCCCCGGGUUUCCAAGUACGAUCUCAGCAGCGUCCGCAAGAUCAUGUCCGCCGCUGCGCCCCUUACCAUCGAAUUAGCCACCGCCCUCGAAGACAAGCUCACAGCUAUUGCCAAGACACAGGUAUUCUGUACCCAGUCAUGGGGUCUGACAGAGACAUCGCCCCUGGCGACCAUCGUCCCAAGUGACCGCAUGGAUAAGCGGAACACGGGCGUGGGCUGUCUUGCCCCGAACAUGGAGCUCCGCUUUGUGGAUCCCGAGUCCAUGAAAGACGCAGCGGUCAAAGCUGACGGGUCCACAGAGGCUGCGGAGAUCUGGUGCCGUGGUCCAAACGUGGUUAGCGGCUACUACAACAAUGAGAAAGCGACAAAAGAGUCAUACCACGUGGACGAGGAUGGAACGAGGUGGUUCCGCACCGGCGAUAUCGGCACCAUCGAUCGAGAUGGGUAUGUCGCCAUCCUGGAUCGCAUCAAGGAAAUGAUCAAGUACAAGGGACUUCAGGUCAUCCCUAGCGAGCUGGAGGGAAAGCUCGUCGACCACCCUGACGUGGAGGAUGCGGCUGUGACUGGAAUCUGGGUGGAGGACAAGGCCACUGAGCUCCCGGUUGGCUUUGUGGUUUUGAGUCGCCAAGCUAAGGACAGAGAUCAGAAGGCUGUCCUUGAUGGGAUCCACGCUUGGCUAAAUGAGCGCGUUUCCAACCACAAGCGCCUGCGUGGGGGCAUCCAAGUCUUGACCCAAAUUCCCAAGUCGCCCAGUGGGAAGAUUCUGCGGAGAGAGCUGAGGGAUUUGCUGAAGAGUCAAGUGCAAGUGCCUAAAGCUCGUCUGUGA